CCCAACUAUCAGAGAGCCUGUGAAGAGGGGGGUGUGGUCUCUUCCAACUAACAGAGAGCCUGUGCAGGGGGGUGCGGUCUCCCCCAGCUUUCAGACAGAGACAGAGAGUGAGCAGUACUUUGGAGAAACUCAGUCUUCUUCAGGAAUCAAGGGAAGGUCAAUAGGUAAAAUUACUCACAGAUCAAAACGGAGGUUCUGUUUCUCCUCAAAGAAGUAGUCAAGGAUGUACUUCUGGACAAAGUCCGGGUUCAGCGUGUUGUCAAUUACUUCUGUCCUUCCAAACUGGAUCAGGUGAGAGGCAGGGAAAGAGGAUGACAAGGAAGAGAAUGAGAGGAAAUGGUGUAGUGAGAAGAACAGAAGGAGAAAUACAAGAAAGGAAAAGGAAGAUAAGAAGCACAUACUGUCAUACCAGCAUGACACGCACUGUUCAACCCACAGAAGGCUGCCGGUCCAGACAACAUUCCUGCUCGCGUGCUCAGAGACUGCGCUGAUCAGCUGGCUGAGGUCUUCUCAGACAUCUUCAACACAUCACUGAGCCAGAUGAUCGUCCCAGCAUGCUUCAAAUCCACCACCAUCAUCCCAGUGCCAAAGAAGUCUUCAGUCUCCUGCCUGAAUGACUACCGUCCCAUCGCUCUGACACCCAUCGCCAUGAAGUGUUUCGAAAGACUCGUCAUGUCGCAGGUGAAAAGCAACCUCCCCCGAUCACUGGACCCGCUACAGUUUGCCUAUCGCACAAAUAGGUCAACCGAGGACGCCAUAUCCACCACACUUCACCUUUCCCUCUCUCAUCUGGACAAUAAAGACUCUUACGUGCGUCUACUGUUCAUAUACUUUAGUUCAGCCUUCAACACCAUCAUUCCACAAAGACUGUGUGUGAAACUGAGCAGAUUGGGACUGAGCACCUCACCGAAUCGGCAACAGCGUUUCCAGCACCAUCAGACUGAGCACAGGUGCUCCUCAGGGCUGCGUUCUCAGUCCACCUCUUUUCACACUCCUGACCCAUGACUGCACCGCCCUGCACAGCUCAAACCACAUCAUCAAACACGACGGUGGUGGGGCUCAUCAGCAACAACGAUAAGUCGGCGUACAGAGACGAGGUUCAGCAGCUGUCCACGUGGUGCAAUGAGAACAACCUGUCGCUGAAUGUGGACAAAACCAAGGAAAUGGUUGUCGACUUCAGGAGAACUCGCCCCAGCCACACACCACUCAGCAUCCACGGUUCCACGGUUGAGAUGGUAAAAAACACCAAGUUCCUGGGAGUUCACAUCUCAGACGACCUUACCUGGACCACCAACACCACCUCCAUCACCAAAAAGGCCCAGCAACGUCUCCACUUCCUGAGACGGCUUAAGCGAGCCAACCUCCCACCUCCCACCCUCACCGUGUUCUACAGGGGCACCAUAGAGAGCGUCCUGACCAGCUGCAUCUCCGUCUGGUUUGGAAACAGCACGGUUUCCGAUAACCGACGGCUUCAAAGGAUCGUAAAAGCAGCUGGGAACAUCAUCGGUGCGUCUCUCCCAUCGCUGCAAGACAUCUUCAACAACCGCUGCAUCAGGAGGGCCUCCUGCAUCGUGCUUGACUCCUCUCAUCCUUCACACGGACUCUUCACACUCCUCUCAUCUGGCAGACGCUAUCGCAGCAUCAGGACUCGAUCUUCCAGGCUACGGGAUAGCUUUUUCCCACUAGCCAUUAGACUCCUGAACACACUUCCCCCCCCACACACACCCGGACUGCGAACUAAUUGACUCCUGCACAUCUGCACUUUACACACAAACUCUGCUACAAGCAUUUUGCCCACCCAUUCAUAAUGAAAAUCUAAUUAUUUGGGGGUGAUGUAUUAGCUGGUUCUGUUGCCCUUAAACAGCUUCAGAACAUGAAAAAGAUCACAAACUGAAUUGACUACAAACUGAAAUCUAAUUUUAAUAAAUCAUAUCAAUAAUGCACAAAGGCGUGUAUUCAGUGGGCUGCCAGCUCUCCUGGCUGACCACUGCAGUCCACUCACUGCACCUCACUGCACCUUGCUGGGUCUGCUGGAAAUCUAUGAAAUGUUAAACCAGGUUUAUCACAGGCAUUU